AUGCAGACGAGAAUCAGUGUGAGGUGCUUGAUCUUCGCGGCGACAUUGACCGUCGCGCUAGCCACGUUCGGUAAAGAGCACGUGCAUAUAAGAAUCCAUGUACCGGAGAUAAUCCAGCAUGACGAGAAGAAGGUUAUAAAAUACGAGGAUCACGGUGGCCACGAUCACGGUGGAGGAGGCGGAGGUCACGGAGGUGGUGGUGACGAAACCAUAAUAGUCACGUCGCCGGGGGGACACGGAGGAGGUGGAUUUGGAGGUGGAGGACACGGAGGAGGUGGAUUUGGGGGUGGUGGACACGGAGGAGGUGGAUUUGGAGGUGGAGGACACGGAGGAGGUGGAUUUGGGGGAGGAUUUGGAAGCGGAGGUCACGGAGGAGGUCACGGAGGAGGUGACGAGACUAUAAUACUCACAUCCCCUGGAGGUGGUGGUCACGGGGGCGGAGGACACGGAGGCGGAUUUGGCGGAGGUCACGGAGGAGGCGGAUUCGGAGGCGGAGGACAUGGAGGAGGUGGAUUUGGCGGCGGAGGUCACGGAGGAGGUCACGGAGGAGGUGACGAGACUAUAAUACUCACAUCGCCUGGAGGUGGUGGUCACGGGGGCGGAGGACACGGAGGCGGAUCUGGCGGAGGUCACGGAGGAGGCGGAUACGGAGGUGGAGGACACGGAGGAGGUGGAUUUGGCGGCGGAGGACACGGAGGAGGCCACGGAGGAGGUGGAUUCGGCGGCGGAGGUCACGGAGGAGGUCACGGAGGCGGUGGCGACGAGACGAUAAUAGUCACAUCGUCUGGAGGAGGCCACGGAGGUGGUGGACACGGAGGAGGCGGAUUCGGCGGUGGUUUCGGAGGCGGAGGUCACGGAGGUGGCUUCGGAGGUGGUCACGGAGGUGGCUUCGGCGGUGGUGGUCAUGAUAUAGGCGGUGGUCAUGGCGGUGGAGGAGGUUUCGGAGGUGGUGGCUUCGAGGAACACCACGGCGGGGGAGGUGGCUUCGGAGGUGGGGGUAGCUUCGAAGAACACCACGGUGGCGGAGGAUUUGGAGGUGGAAGUGGUUACGGAGGAGGUGGCGGAGGAUUGAUCGAGCACCACGGUGGUGGAGGAUUCGGCGGAGGUGGUGGUUUCGAGGAACACCACGGUGGCGGUGGUUUUGGAGGAGGUGGAGGAUUUGGAGGUGGCCACGGUGGAGGUUAUGGAGGUGGGGGUGGUUUCGGCGGUGGAAUCGAACAUCACGCUAUUAGUAACAGCAUAUCCAGUGGUUUUGGUAGCAGUGGUCACAGCGGCGGCGGUGGCGGCGGUCACGGUGGCGGUUUCUCGGGCUACCAUAAGAAAAAAUAA